CCUUAAUGUUUGCAGCAGAGCUCAGUAUGGCGACUGCAGAAACUGGAGAUGAAGAUGAUCUAAACUCCCAGCGCAGCCACAGCCCUGAUGGCAAUCGCCCUAACUUCUCUGAGCUGAGGAUUGUUCUACUGGGGAACAGCUGGGCUGAAAGGAGUUCAGUGGGGAACUUUAUUCUGGGAAAGACUGUGUACAAACCCGAUGAGCAAGUACAGUGCUGUUUGCCAGCCAAAGAAAAGCUGAAGGAGAAAGAAAUACUUUUCAUCAACACCCCAGAUCUUCUGCAUCCAGACAUCUCUGAAGACAAACUGAGACAGUUGAAAGACCACUGUGUGAUGCUCUCUGAUCCUGGACCUCAUUUGUUCCUGCUGGUUCUACAGCCUGAAGAGUUCACUGAGCAACACAAACUGAGGCUUGAAUUCUUCCUUAAAUUAUUCAGUGAUCGAUCAUUUCAUCAUUCUUUGGUACUGAUAUCAACAUUCAGAGAGAAGAGCUCAGGUCUCGUAGGAAAAUACUUGCAACAUCCACUGAUAGGACAAAUGAUCAGAAAAUGUAACAAAUGGUUGUUGUGGCAGAAGAACGUCAGACAUCUAGAGCUAUUCACGAUGAUGGACCUAAUUGUAAAGGAGAAUGAUGGAAAUCAUGUGAAACCUAUGGAUGCAACGUUUUAUUCACAGAAGACUUAUGAAAGCCUGAAACAAGGGGAAGUCGGCAAUGCUGGCUGGUAUCCAGUUCUUGGGCUGAAAUCAAUCAUGGAUUCAGCAAAGGGCAUUAUGGGAUGGGCCAAGCCCACAUACACACCAGUGGGGAGUACAGUCAACCAGUUGCCACUCAGGAUUGUGCUGCUGGGGAAAAGUGAAAACAAAAAAUCAAGACUUAGUCAUUUCAUCACUGGAGAUGGAGGUUUACAUGGUCAGAAAUUAAUCAAGCGAUGCAUCGCCUCUUGCGGAGAGUGGAGAGGAAGAUCUGUAACAGUAGUAAGAACACCAGACAUCUUCAGUUGGCCUGAGCAAACAGUGAGAGCAGAGAUGAAGAGGUGUACAAAUCUGUGUUUCCCUGGACCAAAUGUUCUGCUGCUGUUGGUGAAACCCUCUGAGUUCAAUACAUCGAACAAAACAAAACUGAAGUUCAUCUUGAGUUUAUGGUCCAGGAGGUUGAAAUACACAAUGGUCAUUAUGACACACAAUGAGGAUGUGAAAAGUUUGUCUGUGAAAGAACUGCUUGAAGAUUGUGGAGGAAGACAUUACAACAUGUUUGAGAAUAAUCAAGAACUGUUAAUGGAGAAGAUUGAGAAGCUUGUGGGUGCACACAAUGGAACUUACCUCACCUUCACUGAAGAGACCAAAACACCAAAGCCUGAAAACAUCAAACCAGUUUUAAACCUGGUUCUGUGUGGUAGGAGAGGAACAGGGAAGACCUCAGCAGUCAAAGCCAUUUUAGGCCAAACAGAGAUUCAUUCAGUCUCCAGCUCGCCAUUGUGUGAAGAGGUGUGUGGGCGUUGGGUUUCCCUGGUGGACCUGCCUGCCUUGUAUGGAAAACCCCAGGCAGCAGUGAUGGAUGAAUCACUCAGGUGUAACUCCCUCUGUGAUCCUGAGGGCAUCCAUGCCUUCAUCCUGGUUAUACCUCUGGGUCCCCUCACUGAUGAAGACAAGGGAGAAUUACAGACCAUCCAGGACACAUUCGGCGCUCAAGUCAAUGGCUUCACCAUGAUUCUGUUCACGUUGGAGUCAGAUCCUAAAGCUGAAGCUGUUGUUAACUUUGUGGAAAAAAACAAGGACAUGCAAAAACUAUGUCAAAGCUGUGGAGGAAGAAAUGUUGUUCUCAACAUCAAGGACCCACAGCAAAUCCCUGAGCUGUUUGAUUUUGUUGAUAAAAUUAGAUCCUUCAAGGACAAACCAAGUAGCUAUACAAGUAACACAUUUGCACGUGUCCAAAUAGAGAAGAGGAUACAGCUAGAGAAUGUUAUCACCAAGCGACAGGCUGAAAUUGAGAACCUGACCAAAAAAAGUGUGGUCACUGGUGAUGGUAUGGAACAAACCACAGAGUGUCUCAGGAUUGUGCUGAUUGGGAAGACUGGAAGUGGAAAGAGCUCAUCAGGAAACACCAUUCUAGGAAGAAAUGAGUUUGCAGCUGAAUCAAGUCAAACAUCCGUCACAAAAUGGUGUCAGAAAGCACAGUGUGAAGUGGACGGUCGUUCAGUUGUUGUAGUCGAUACUCCUGGACUGUUUGACAAUACCUUAUCUCGGGAUGAAGUCAUUGAGGAGUUGGUAAAGUGUAUCGGUCUUUUGUCUCCAGGACCACACGUUUUCCUCUUGGUGUUACAGAUUGGCCGAUUCACACCAGAAGAGAAGGAGACAUUACAACUAAUCAAGGAAAUAUUUGGAAAGAAUUCUGAAAAAUUCACCAUCAUUCUUUUCACAAGAGGAGAUACACUUCAGCACGAGAAGCGGACCAUUGAAGAAUACAUUGAAAAAAAAGGUGACGAUUCCUGCAAAAAGCUUAUUGCUGACUGUGGACGACGAUGCCAUGUGUUUAAUAACUAUGAUAAAGAGAACCAUAAGCAAGUCAGCGAGCUGAUAACCCAGAUUGAGACAAUGGUGAAGAACAAUGGAGGCAGCUGCUACAGCAAUGAGAUGUUCCAGGAGGCUGAGGCUGCAAUACAGAAGAAAAUGGAGAUGAUCUUACAAGAGAAGGAAGAAGAGAUGCAGCGAGAGAGAGAAGAACUUGAAAGAAAACAUCAGGAGAAUGCAAUGAAAAUAAGACUCGAGGAACAGACUGCAAAAACUGAACAGGAGAGAAAAUUGAAAGACAGACAACUUCAGGAAAAGGAAGAAAGCAUUGAAAAGGAGAAAAUGGAAAGAAAGAAAGAAAAAGAAAAGAGAGAAGAAGAGGACAGGAAGAGAAAACACCAGGAAGAUACCCAGCGUCAGGAGUGGGAACAAAAACUGGCUGCUCUGGAGAAAAAAAUAAAACUUGAAACAGAGGAAAAAGACACCAUUGACAGGGAACUGGAACAGAGCAGAGAAGAGAUGAGAAAGCAGCGAGAGGCCUGGGAGGAGAAACAAAAAGAAUGGUGGGACAAACGAAGUCAAGAAGACGAACAGAGACGACAGGAGGUGAAAGAAAAACUUAAAAAGCUUCAAGAAGAUUAUGAGCAAGAAAGAGACAGACAUGAAGAGAAAAGAAAAGAGGAAGAUCGAAUUAGAAGGGAACAAGAGGAGAAAGAGAGGAAAGAGUUGGAGGUAAAGUAUGAGACAAAACUUAAAGAAAUGAAAGAGAAAAUGAAGAAAUGUGAGGAAGAGGCCAGAAAACAAGCUGAAGAACUUAAUGACUUCAGAGAGAAAUACACCAAAGACUUUGCAACUCUGAUAGAUAAACACAUGGAGGAAAUUAAAUACAUGAAGCUUAAGCAUGUGAGAGAAAUGGAAGAGACUGAAGAGUUAAAUAGAAAACAGUACAAUCUGUUGGGUGAACUCUCAAGCCAAAAUGAAAAACAUCUGAAAGAACAAAUUGAAGGCUUGAAGAGAAAGCAGGAGCAAGAAAUUGAAGACCUGAAAAAACAGUACCAGAGCAAAUGUAUCAUCCUCUGAUUAUGAUUGUCUGCCUGAACUGUUCUCCUUACCUAGUGCUUAGUGCUUCAUCCGUGUACACUGAACUACAAGAAUCAUCAACAUCCAGUUAAUGCACUAAUUAAAUUGCCUCUUGAUUUCUGUUGCAUGAUGAGCAGAUGUACACACAUGAUGUACACACAGAGGCACCUACACACCUUACAUACACAAACACAAACAGCCACCUGCCUUAGAAUUUGAUCCGUUUUCUGCAAGGAUGUAAUUGCCCUCAACAUGCAGCAGGGGGCAAUCCAUACAUGGUUGGCAGCACAUCCUUCAGCUUUUUCUGCUGAACCAGAGUGACUUCUGCAUCCUGUAACUAUGACAAAUACAUGGGAUGAGGACGCCUCUACAGGUAUGAGAAGCUCUAGCCUCAUGGAAACUUUCUGAUUUUUACCUGAGGCUUCAUGGACAAAACAACCAUCUCACUUUGUGCCUCUUCUAACCUUCUUUAAUAAUAUUGAAUAUGUUACAAUUGUUGUGCUUCUUAAAGCAUAAUUAAAACAGGGCAUCUUUAUAAAAGCUACAGAAUACAUCCAUGCACAAACAUAGGAUUUUGGAAACAGGGGUAUCAUGUAGUACAGGCUUUACAUAAUUGGUGAUGCUAGUAGUCAAUGGUUGUGUUACACUGAACAUACCUGUUGGAGAAAUAUAAAAAUAUAUAUCUGCUUGCUUAUGUUGACAAUUAAGAAAAGUAUCACUGCCUUAAAGAAACCUAUAAGUGUGUCUAAGGGCCUUAGAACAUGUAAGUAUUUUGUUAAUUAAUCCAGUUUAGUUCACAUUCAUCCUUAUGAUGCUGUUUUAGUUCACAUGCAUCCUUAUGAUGCUGUUUUGGUUCACAUAUAUGAAUCUUCUGUUCUUUCAUUUUGACUCUUAUGUUUAGUUAUAAAUCUUAUGCUCUGUAUAUUAUUGUGUCUUAGUCUAUGAACAUGAACCUUGUGUUCUGUUUAUACAGUAGUUCUACUUUUGCAUAAUAUCCAGACAUGCUGAGUUGCCCAAGUGAAAGUUUAAAAUCAACCACAGAGGAACGGAGAGAAGCUCAUGUCACAAUUUCGGAAUGCACUGUCUGACCUGAGGGUCAAGCUAUGUCAUGUUUUAGGCCAUAUGUUAACUGUCACACCUGUAUGAUAUAAAAGAAGCUUGCCUGCAGAACAUGUCAGUUUGGUGGUACAAACUAUUGUUUUGUCUCAUUCUCUUUGCAAACAUAAUACAAUUGUAUUGUUCUUUUGGA